AAGACGCGCCCAGGUUCAUUUCACAGUACGAACUCCUACCGGUGCUCAUCCAGAGUCAGAGUGCAGUGUGGGGUUAGACAUCUCAUGGAAAUCAACUGAUUUUAUUUACCGGAUACACAUACUUUAAGGGGAAUCAGUGUUUAACAAUAUGAACUCGUGAAGUAAGAGAAAACCAAGCCCUUCACUUCGAAGACCACUUGACCAGCAGUCAUGGAAGGCAAAGAGGAGAUCAGUGAUACUGACAGUGGGGUUAUUCUGCAUUCUGGGCCUGACAGCCCCACCACAGUGAUGAAGGAUGUAAAAACUCAUACUCGGGUCAUGAAACUGAAGCAGCAAGCUCUGGAGGACAGGCUGAAGACUUGCUUAAAGGAGCUUAAGAAACUCUGCAUCAGAGAGGCCGAGCUCACAGGACAUUUGUCCUCCGACUAUCCCCUGUUACCUGGAGAGAAGCCGCCUCAAAUUCGCAGGCGCAUUGGAGCUGCUUUUAAGUUAGAUGAGCCAAGCAUUCUACAUAGAACUGAGGACUCUGAGCUGAGCUCUGUUGAGGCUGAUCUGGCUCUUCAGCAGCAGAUAUACAUGGCGGCCCAGAGGCUGUGUCAGGAGAAACAUCUCAGCAAGGCGGUGAAGAAGAGUCAUCUACAGCAGUACCAGCGUGAGGAAAGGAAACUCAAAAAUCUUCAGGAAGCCGUGUUCAGGUUGCAACUGGAACACGGCCGAUCCACACCACGCCCUGGCAUGAUGGCACAGAGAGGCGCUUCAGACGAUAGCUCAUUGUCAGACUCGGCUGUGCUUGAUGAGGAGGAACUGUCUUCCCAGCUUUCUUCAGAGCCUCCUGCUCCUUCUGUAGAUCUUCACCCUCCACAUAUUAACAUUUCUCAUCCCGCUCCUCAUACACCUAUAGGCCCCUCCUACCAGCCCCUCGAGGCCAUUUCCCAUCAAACCCCCCCACAAUCCCUGGAGGACUUGCACACAUGCCAGAGUCCAAUCUUAGAGCAUGACCCUUCCCCCAUUCAAAACUCUCCCUGGAUGGAGACUAGUUUGGACCAGCCCUAUCAAAAAAAUAAAAGAUCUAAUAGCAUCAAAUCCAGUCCUGCUGUUACCCCCACGUUGCCUCCUCUUGAGGUUUGUCUUGCGGAGGCCGGGAUACCACUGCAAAUACCCACCCAUGCUGCCCUGAAACACACACAGUCCUGCAGCGCACCCUCCACUCCAGAGAUGCACCUGCGCAGGAGACAAUCCAUUGGAUUUCCCAGGACUGAACGUAACCCGUAUGAUCCCGAGCGGGAGCGUGGGCGCUCAAGGGGCCCCAGGAGACGGUUGACAGACUUUGUGGUGCCACCAUCAGAAUACUCCCCCGUAAGAUUGAAUGUUGGAAAUCCUGUGUACUACUCUAGUUCUGAGGACAGCAACUCGGAGCACUCGGUGCAGUCCUACGCCAGCUCGCCCUGCCAGGAGCACCCUGGGGAACUUCCGUGGCCCUACCAACUUCAGUACGGAUAUCAUUAUUCCAGCCUAGCCGAUAGCCAUAUACCACAAAGAUCCUCCCCUACCCACCUCUACAAGAACCCUCAGUACCAGUCCUCACCUAGUUUUUCAAGAGGGUACGUGGAGGACGGAUGGGGUCACCCCUUAGAAAUGGACAGCGGAAGGUCGUACUUAAGCCACCAGGCCCCUUCACCUGUUUAUUCUUCAAAUGGUCACUAUGAGUACUACUACAGUGAGGCUUUGCCCUCCCAGCCACGAAGUUGCAGGUUGUUACCCGCCCACGUGAAACUGUCACGGGCCCCUUCGCUAAGAGAGUGUCCUCAGCACCCUAGCAGGGGCCUGCCGCGGCAGGUGGUGUCAGAGGAACUCAAAUCAUGGCAUCAGCGCAGCCAACUCCUACCGCCUCGACCUCACUCACUGGAUCGCAACAGGCAGGGCGCACUCCGCAUCCGAAAUGCACCUGGGCAAGAGUCCCCACUUUCGCUUUCCCAGCACCACAGGUUCCAGGAACAACAGGUAUCCCAGAAAUGGGUCAAUCUGGGGACUCCAGAUAGGAUGUAUGAGGAUGACUCUGAGGUUGCCAGCCAGGUGUGAAACCAUGGAAACCCUUCUGACGAGAGUCAUAUUUAUUCAAUAAUUUAUUGAGCUAAUGGACUAAAGUAUAGACUUUUAACAUCGAUAAAACACACACAUAGGGAUAUGUCUAGAAGGCAUCACUUUCUAUGAAAUGCCUCGUCCCAAAAUGAGUUUUACUGUGAAAGACAAUUUUUUAAAAUGUUUUAUAGAUUUUUUAUAGAUUAACAUACUUACAGAUUUUUUUGUACAAUGAAAUAAAAACAAUAUUUGUUACUAAGUGUAUUUUUAUGUUUCUUGGUUAUGCUAAUACUAAGAUCAAUAAAGUUUGUGAUUUAAAAAUGA